CACAGCAAGGGUGUGUGAAGAAAAAUACAAGAUAUAAAGAUACCCGGAGACACAGUUGGGUGUAACAGUGUGAGUGAGAGGCUGAGAGAGGAGCACAGGGAAGGAGGAGGAGGGUGAGAAAGAGUCAGAGAGAUAGAGAGAGAGAGACACGAGAAGAGGACAGAGAGAGCAUCACAGCGUGGAACAGGUUCUUCUUUCUGCAGCUCUCACACUCGGCCUCAGCAGACAUGCCUAACUUUGCCGGCACCUGGAAGAUGAGGAAGAGUGAGAAUUUUGAUGAACUUCUUAAAGCCCUGGGAGUGAACAGCAUGCUGAGGAAGGUUGCCGUGGCAGCGGCCUCCAACCCCCACGUGGAAAUCCGUCAAGACGGGGAGCAGUUUUACAUCAAGACAUCCACCAGUGUUCGCACGACUGAAAUCAACUUCCACAUCGGUGAAGAGUUUGACGAGGAGACGGUGGAUGGGCGCAAGUGCAAGAGCCUCGCCACCUGGGAGACAGAGAACAAGAUUUACUGUAAGCAGACCCUGGUGGAUGGCAAUGGCCCCAAAACCUACUGGACCCGAGAGCUGAACGGAGAUGAGCUCACGCUGACUUUCGGGGCAGAUGACGUAGUGUGCACACGGAUUUACUACCGGGAAUGAAGCCCCACGACCUUCAUCAGGAUGAGGCAGGAACCUGAUUGGACCACACCUUCUUUCAAAGCCAACAGCACUCUGCCACGCUAACACACUUUCACAUGUGCAAAUCUGUCUGUGUUUUCACUCAAACUGCUUAGUCUCCACAAAACAAUAGCGAUGUCUCUGUAAUCUGGUUAUUAGUAGUGAGUGUUGCUUCAGCACAACAGUAGCUGGAUAUGUCGGUGUCCAUAUCUCCAAUUCUGGUGUCAGAUGUUUACCUAGGUAUUUUGUUGUCAGUUGCAUUGAUUAUGAAUCCAUGUUCAAUGACAGGAAACAAU